AAUCUACCCUGGACUUGUGCGUGAAGGAAGCACAGGAUUGAUGUUGACCUGGACUACUUUAGAUAGCAUCAACCUUGUCGUUUAUGUGUGUAUGUUGUUAGUAGAGCUGCAGGUCAGUGUGUUGUUGUACUCCGAGUCCAGAGGGAGCAGCAGUAGCAGCAGCAGCAGCAGGUGCAUGUGGAUGGCGAUAAAACUCAUGGAAAACUGCUUUCUCCAUACAGCUGGGACAUAGGCGGAUCCUUAAAAUUAUCCCGAAAAGCCAAACGAAAAAACGCCAUUGGUUUGAGGAAAGGGUGAAAGAGUGUUUUUUCCCACUGCUUUCCCGUAUCAAGAACAGCUAUGAAGCGAUAAUCCCGGGGGAAAAGCAGCACAUUUAUAGGCUACCCGGUUCACAAACAUGGAGAAAGUGAAAAAGUAAUCGUUAACUUAAAGCUACCUCAACUUUAAAAAACUGUGACUUUGAAAGAAGAAACUUGAGCAAAGCUUUUGCUCUCUGGGAGAAAACCAACAAGGUGGAUACAUGUUGAGACUCUUGCAGGGAUUUUCAGGAUUUCACUGACUUUAGCGGCCAUGGAGAAGAAGGACAAACCGACCGACCGGAGCCGCUCAGCCGACGGGAGAGCUAAAGAAAGAGUCGACAGUGUGGAUCCAUAUGGCUUUGAGCGCUCGGAUGACUUUGACUAUGACUCAUAUGAGGAGCUGAUGUCUGAGUAUCUAGUCGUGCUUACCCGACGAUCCAUCAAGUGGUCCAAACUACUGAAGGGCAAAAGAAAGGUGCAGAAGAAUGUGAAAUUAAAGCGUUAUGUACGUAAGGGGAUCCCCAAUGAGCACCGGACCCUGAUCUGGAUGGCAGCUAGUGGCGCUCAAGACCAGCUAGAGAAGAACCCAGGUUACUACCAGUCCCUGCUUGGAGCCCAGCAUGACCCCAAACUGGUGGAGACCAUCUGCACAGACUUACACAGAACAUUUCCAGACAACAUCCAGUUCCGCAAGACAUCCAACCCGUGUCUGCAGAAAGCUCUGCACAACGUGCUGCUGGCUUAUGGUCACCACAAUCCAGCUGUGGGCUACUGUCAGGGGAUGAACUUCAUAGCUGGAUACCUACUUAUCAUCACAAAAGAUGAAGAGAAAUCCUUCUGGCUGAUGGAUGCACUACUGGGCAGAAUUUUACCAGACUACUACUCUCCAGCCAUGCUGGGGCUGAAGACUGACCAGGAGGUGUUGGGGGAACUGGUGAAGAUGAAAGUCCCCAGAGUGUGGCAGACCAUGGUGGAUCACAAUGUCAUGUGGACCCUGGUGGUGUCCCGGUGGUUCAUCUGUCUCUAUAUAGACGUCCUGCCAGUAGAGACCGUUCUGCGUAUUUGGGAUUGCUUGUUCUACGAGGGCUCUAAAAUCCUGUUCCGUGUUGCUCUGACAUUGAUCCACCACAACCAGGAUCUGAUUCAGCAGGCCCAGUCGCUGCCAGACGUCUGCCAAAACUUCAAACAGAUCACCCACGGACCAUUUGUGGAUGAAUGUCACACUUUCAUGCAGAAAAUCUUCACUGAACCAGGAAGUCUCUCCUUUGCAACCUUGACUAAGCUCCGGACUACAUGUCGAUCCCGCAUCAUCGCAGAGGAGUCCUGACCCAAACUGACUGAUAGUUGCUUGAAACUCAGUACACACAUUCCACUGGGAUGAACGGCUUGUUUGCACCUUUAAGUGACUCCAUGUCACAGUGACUACUACGUGUACUUCUUGUCUUAAACAUUAUUGUUGAGAUGAUAAAACUUAAAUGUAAAUAUAUGAUCUCAUGAGAAUAUUCUUAGCAAUGUGCUAACCUAUUGAUUCCAGUUGAAACUGACAUGUAGUGUGUUUUAAGGUGAUAUUUUCUUCUUUUGCUAAAAUGUGGAAUUAUGCACUUUAUUCCAGAUACACUGAAGAGAAAAGGCUUGGCAGCAGAUGUCAGGUCAGAAAAAAUGUUGCACACUGUAAGCACGCCCAACAAAAACCUGCCUACUGUAUUAUACACUGUCGUCUUAGUCUUGAAUAUUGUAAAUAAUGUUAACUAAUUGUUCUUUGAGGUGAAUUCAAAAUUGAUUGACGAAUGAAAAAACAAUGCUGGCACUACAUGAAGUAUCUGAAUGUGAAUUAUAUUAAUUUCAUAACAAAAAACUCAGAUUUCCUUUAAACAUUUCAGUGUCUGAUUCAUAGUUCCUGACCUCAACCUUUUAUUUCAAUUACACUGUGAUGAUUCAAACAUGGCUGCUCUCUUUUGCAAACAAUGGUGUGUCCAGUUUGUGGCCCUUUAAACAGUUAGGCACUGAUAUCAGAUUUUUAUUUCAUGGGUCAAAAAUAACCGUGGCAUUGAUCCCAGAGUAUCCUGUGUAAUGUUG